UGCCGGAGCCGGCGCUGCCCGCGGAGCAGCCAUGAGCUGGGGCACGGAGCUGUGGGAUCAGUUUGAUAACUUGGACAAGCAUACACAGUGGGGCAUUGACUUCUUGGAGAAAUACGCCAAAUUUGUAAAAGAAAGGAUAGAAAUUGAGCAGAACUAUGCAAAACAACUGAGAAAUCUGGUUAAGAAGUACUGUCCUAAACGCUCACCGAAAGAUGAGGAACCCAGGUUUACUUCGUGUAUUGCCUUUUUCAACAUCCUCAAUGAGUUGAACGACUAUGCAGGACAACGAGAAGUAGUUGCAGAAGAAAUGGGACACAGAGUCUAUGGAGAAUUGAUGAGAUAUUCUCAUGAUCUAAAAACUGAGAGAAAAAUGCAUCUUCAGGAAGGGCGAAAGGCUCAGCAGUAUCUGGACAUGUGCUGGAAACAGAUGGAUAACAGCAAAAAGAAAUUUGAGAGAGAAUGCAGAGAGGCAGAGAAGGCCCAGCAAAGCUAUGAACGGCUGGACAAUGAUACUAAUGCGACAAAGGCUGAUGUUGAGAAGGCUAAGCAACAGUUAAACCUGCGCACGCAUAUGGCUGAUGAAAACAAAAAUGAAUAUGCUGCACAACUACAGAAUUUUAAUGGGGAACAGCACAAACACUACUACAUUGUCAUUCCUCAGAUUUACAAGCAACUUCAAGAAAUGGAUGAAAGAAGGACUAUCAAACUUAGUGAAUGUUACAAAGGCUUUGCUGACUCUGAGCGCAAGGUGAUUCCAAUUAUCUCAAAAUGCUUAGAAGGGAUGAUCCUUGCAGCAAAAUCAGUUGAUGAACAUAGAGACUCUCAACUAGUGAUAGACUGCUUCAAAUCUGGUUUUGAACCUCCUGGAGAUUUUCCAUUUGAAGACUACAGUCAGAAUAUUUACAGAACUAUCUCUGAUGGAACCAUCAGUACACCAAAGCAAGAGGGAAUGAGAAUUGAUACAAAAACUACAGUCGGCAAGGCUAAAGGAAAGCUGUGGCUAUUUGGAAAGAAACCAAAGCCACAAUCCCCACCCCUAACCCCUACUAGUUUAUACACAUCCAGUACUCCUAAUGGGUCCCAGUAUCCCAUAUUCUCCAUUGAACCAGUGCAUUAUUGCAUGAGUGACAUAAAAACAGGGAAGCCCAGAAUUCCUUCUUUCAGAAGCCUCAAAAGAGGGUGGUCGGUGAAGAUGGGCCCUGCACUGGAAGAUUUCAGCCACCUCCCUCCGGAACAAAGACGCAAGAAACUGCAGCAGAGAAUCGAUGAACUUAACAGAGAGCUACAGAAGGAAACAGACCAAAAAGAUGCCCUCAUCAAGAUGAAGGAUGUUUAUGAAAAAAAUCCCCAGAUGGGUGAUCCAAGCAGUUUGCAACCGAAAUUAACUGAGACUAUGAGCAAUAUGGACCGUCUUCGGAUGGAAAUACACAAGAAUGAGGCCUGGCUCUCUGAAGUUGAAGGUAAAGUGGCGGCCAGGAGCGACAGGCGGCACAGCAGCGACAUCAACCACCUUGUCACCCAGGGCCGAGAGAGCCCUGAAGGGAGUUACACGGAUGAUGCCAACCAGGAAGUUCGUGGCCCACCACAGCAGCACGCUCAUCCCAAUGAGUUUGAUGAUGAGUUUGAAGAUGAUGAUCCAUUACCAGCUAUAGGACAUUGCAAGGCAAUAUAUCCCUUUGAUGGUCAUAAUGAAGGCACUCUAGCAAUGAAAGAAGGGGAAAUUUUGUACAUUAUUGAGGAGGACAAAGGAGAUGGGUGGACAAGAGCUCGAAGACAUAAUGGAGAGGAAGGCUAUGUGCCAACAUCAUAUAUAGAUGUAACGCUAGAGAAAAACAGCAAAGGUGCAGUAACCUAUAUCUAACAGUAAACUGGCAGCUCUCAGUUGUACAUUCCUAAGGGAAAAUAGUGGAAAAAUUGUAAGUUAUACAGGCUCAUGGAAAGAAUUACAGAAUCAGAAGUCAGCAAUGAUCUGUUGUUUGCAUGGGGAAUUAGCUGUAGUUCUUUUCAGAGAUGACCACAUUAAAUUAUGCAUCUUACACUGGUCUAUAAUUUUGACCAAUGUCUUCUGCUUUCCUGCUUUACAAAGCACUAAAUCCAAUUCAUCUGUUGAACUGAAAAAGACCAGGAUUCCUGCUUUGUUCUGUGGAAUACUUAGAGAACUGAAAAAGUACUUUAGUUUCAAAGAUCUCUAAGAUUUACUGUUCACACUUUUAUGACUUAAACUAUAUUCUUAAAACAGAGAUCUUUUUCCUCUAAUAACUAACUGAACUCAGUUACUGAAAUUAUUAAUUUCCUUCCGUAGCAAAUACUUGGCAGCUUUCACUUCUUAAACAGGAAAAUGUUUUCUGAUUCUGAAAGUUCAAUAAAAAUACUCAGGAAAAAACAUUAUGAUUAAGAAGGACAGAAAGUUCACUGACCUAUCUCCUUCCUUUUCAGUACUUGUAAUGUAGAAUGUUCUGUAUUGGACAUGACGUCAUUGUUUUAACUCUAGAUACCUUGAACAAACAAAAAAAGAUCACAUGUAAUGCUUGAUGUCUUACUGGAAACUCUCUGCUCCUGAUAAGGGAAUGAAUGAUUUUAUAUUCUUAAUCUGUGCCUGUAAAACUAAGUCUUUUAAUUGUAUUGUGUUUAGUCUAAAGACAGUGUCUUAAAUGUACAGCAAUUCUCCUCAUUGUUAAAUCACUGAGGAUUGGAAACUGCAUUGCACAACUUGAUUACUGGAAAAAAACAGCUAAUUUUGUAUUUCUAAUGAGAGCUUGUGGAAUUAAGUACAAGGCUAGUAUAUAGCCACUGAGAAUGGCCUGUUAGAACUGAGCACGCUUCUCUGUCUUCUAAAGGCCUUCAGUAACUUUGUUCUUUUCUUUUUCCUCUUGGA